AACCGGAUUGGAGCAGUUAUAGAAGCUUCUUUUAGACCAUAAUGCUACCCCAAAAGGUUCCAUCAAACUAAUUAUUAUAUAUUUUGCUGUGCGCGCUCCCCCCUAGUUCCAUUUAGGUUUCUCGUGAUUGGACGGCAAAUCUGCAGUACAGCAAAAUGACUUCGGCGCUUUUCGAACCUCUUGACGUUGGAAAGUGCCAGCUCCAACACAGAAUUGUUAUGGCACCUAUGACCCGGUUCCGCACCGACUCAGACCACAGUCCAUUGCCAAUUGCCAAGGAUUACUACAGCCAACGCUCACACACGCCCGGGACACUGAUAAUCACCGAGGGUACAGCCGUCUCAGAGACGCUCGUCGGCCUCCCGCAAUGGGCGGGUUGUUGGAGUGAACCCCAGCUGCAGAACUGGAAAGACAUCACCGAAGAAAUUCACUCUAAGGGUUGCUACGUCUUUCUGCAACUUUGCUGUGCAGGCCGCACGGCCGACAAGGGAUUCCCCAAACUCUCAUCUGGAGACAUUCCCCUUGAUGCUACAGCCAGUGCCAUAGAGACGGAGGACGAUGACAGACCACCAAAGCCGAUGAGCGCGCAGGAAAUCCAAGACGCCAUCCGCGAUCACGCCACUGCUGCUCGCAAUGCUAUAGCCGCCGGUUUCGAUGGAGUGGAACUUCACGGUGCCAACGGCUACCUUAUCGAUCAGUUUAUCCAAGAGUCUUGCAAUAACAGGACUGAUCAAUGGGGUGGCUCAGUCCAGAGUCGAUCGCGCUUCGCGUUGGAAGUCACUGCAGCCGUCGUGGACGCUAUCGGUGGCGAUCGUGUUGGCUUCCGCAUCAGUCCCUGGAGCACAUACCACUCUAUCCAGCCCCGUGAUCCAGAAACUCAGUUCACUCACCUGAUCAGCGAGCUGCAAAAGUUCGAUCUGGCUUAUCUUCAUGUUAUUACAUCUCGCGUGGACAAUUGGUAUGACAUGAACCGCGAUAAGCCCCUCGACUUUGUCUUUGACAGCUGGGGAAGGGACAAACCACUCAUAAUCACCGGCGGGUUUGACGGAAAGUCGGCAGAGCGUGCUAUUGAGGAGCACAAGGACUUCAAGGUUGCCAUUGGAUUUGGUCGGUCGUUCGCUUCGACGCCAGACUUGGUGGCCUGCAUUAAGGCGGGGAUCUCUCCAAAUCCUUUCAAAGGUGACCUGGCCUAUACUCAUGGUACUGCAAAGGGGUACAUUGACUACCCAUUUCUUUCUUAGAUACGGUGGAUUGGGAAGAUCCAAGUUAUUCUUUUGAACUGAAAAAUAAAUGGAGGCAAGCAUAUAGAACGAAAGUCUUUCCUAGGCCAUUUUGCAUUGUGAUGUUUGAGAGUCGCAACAGACUGAAGGUUGCUGAGAUCGAGUGAAGUAGAGCUUCAGCCCACGAGGUAACUUCAGAAUGCUCAGCGGUUGUGUAGAUGUAAAGCGCGUGAGUACAUUACGCUGAGAAACUCCGGGGUAAGUCAGACUCGUGCUGAGUGUCGUAAGUGGAAAUGCGCCUUGUAGAGCAGUACUCUAUACUGAGGAGAGAAUCGAGGACUCGCGUGUUGUUGCUUGAAAGUGGG